AUGAACACAACCUUAGAAAACAAAUAAGAUAACAAUCAGAUCGAACAAAUUGAGAAAAAAGUGAAGAUACAAAAGCCAAAGAAGGCAGAUUUCAGAAUGCACGCUCACGUCAAUCCUCUAAAUGAAACCUUAUUUCCUUAUCCCCUCAAUUACAAUUAAGUUGAUUGGUCAUUACACUAUCCUAAAAAGUUUGGAAAGGAUCCCUUAAAGUUAUACCUCAAUACUUUAGAAUACCCCAUUACAUAUGAUGACUAAGUCAAUCCUGAUUGUUCAUAAUCUAUAGUCGAUUUUCUUGAUAUCGGUUGUGGAUUUGGAGGAUUAUGCUUUGCCUUAAGCGAAAACUACCCUGAUAAGUACAUUUUUGGUAUGGAAAUCAGAGGCAAAGUGGUUAACUUUGUAGGAGAAAAAAUAAGAGCCUUAAGGGAUGAGGGCUAAGCUCACAAUGUUUCAGUGAUUCGUACUAAUACUAUGAGACAUUUGCCUCAAUAUAUCAGAAAAAACAGUUUAGAGAAAAUCUUUAUUUGUUUCCCUGAUCCACAUUUCAAAAAGAAAAAUUUUAGAAGAAGAAUUGUCAAUCCAGGAUUACUCUCUGAAUAUGCUUAUCUAUUGAAACCCAGUGGAAGAAUCUACUGUAUAACUGAUGUUGAGGAAUUGCAUAACUGGCAUGUCUAACAUCUUGAAAAGCAUAAGAUGUUUAAACGAAUUUAAGACGUUGAAUAAGAUUCUGCUGCCAAACUCAUUUGGAAUUCUACUGAAGAGGGAUAGAAGGUUGAGAGAAACAAAGGAUCCAAAUUUAUUAUUGUUUGCGAAAAAGUAUGACUGUCAAGAUUAAUAAAAAUACAUUAUGUAACUUAAAUUAAUAUUAAAAAUAAUAUAUUU